GGUACGGUGGGCGUUUCCAACUUCAAAAGAGGAGUGAAAAGAGGGAAUUAAUCUGCUUCCCAGAUAAUAUUAGAUCAGAGUUUCUUCAACAGAAUAACUGACAGUCGUUUUAUAAAUUUUUGUGUCAAUGAUUAUCCUGCGGAUAUGAAAUGUAUUAAAAGAUUGACAUGCGAUGAUGGUAUUACGUCAAAGUUUAUUAAACAUGAAUGUGAUCCACCAUCUGAAACAAAGCCAAAUGAAAUAAUUGUGAAAAUAAAGGCAUGUGGACUGUCUUUAAUAGACUACAAGGUAUACAAUGAACUGUUUAAAAAACAAAUAAAGAAAGAAUAUCCAGUAGGACAAGAUGUUUGUGGUUUAGUGACUCAAGUUGGUGAAGGUGUAACACAGAUCAAAGUGGGUGAUCCUGUUGUUGGUGUUUUACCCUUAGAUAGUAUAUAUUCAGGAUGUGGGGAAUAUUGUGUCUUUCAACAAUAUGAUGUAGUAAAGAAGCCAGACAAUAUAAGUUUUGAGGAAGCAGCAGCAUCUAUUGGUGAUUGCGUGAGGUCUUAUACUGCUCUAUUCUAUCAUGCUAAAAUCUGUGUUGGUGAUACAAUGCUUAUUAUGGAUGGUGCUUCUCAUGCUGGUAGUAUUGCUAUACAGUUAGCACAACACUGGGGAGCUAAGGUUUUAACAACUUAUUGUACUCAAGCUGAAAAAAGAUACUUAGAAAAAAUUCAACCACCAGUUGCACAUAUGACAGAAGUAAGUAAUAAGAAUAAUGUGUUAUUAAGUAGUGUUAUGGAAGAAACAGGUGGUCUAGGUGUUGAUUGUUUUAUUGAUAAUGGAGUUCGAAUGUUUACAAAUGAAGAAGAUAUCAAACAGUACCAUGAAAACUAUAAAUAUCCUAUACCACAUAAACAUGAUGUACUCUCUUGUCUCAGUGUAUUUGGUAAAUGGGUGACAUCUCAACCAGAUCUUCAGCUUGAUCCACCUGACUGUCAACAGUUAUUUCUACGAGGUAGUAGUGUAUGUUUUUUAUUUGACCAAGCGUGGAUAGUUACUUACAGUCAACAAGGUCGAUAUCAACAUGUUUUAAAAGAUUGUAUCAAGAAGCUGUCAGAUGGGAUACUUAAAUGUGCCAUAACCAAGUUAGUGACUUAUGAAGAUGCUAUAGAAACUCUAAAUAAUUUAUCUGAUGAGAGAGUUGGAAAAGUUGUUCUUAAAUUCUAGACGCCACAUAUUAACCAACAAUGCUGACUGCAAGAAACACUACAAAUUUGUAUUAGCUAUAUAUGGAAUCAUCUCUGACAAGCGUUUAGUAACUGGAUAUAGCAGUAAACUAUAACACAUACUUAUGGAAGAAGAAUUACUGAUUUAUUUGGGCGACGUUUCGAAGAGUAUUCUCUCAACGUUAUAAAGAGUAUUCGCUUGAUAACGCUGAGAGAAUAGUCUAUAAAACGUCACCCAAAUAAAUAAGUAGAUGUUUUUCCAUAAGUAUGUGUUAUAGUUUAUAAUAUAUAUGGAAUAAUGAGUAAUCUAUGGCAAGAUUUUAAAGACUUUACUGGAUAGAUUACUAAAAUAAAUCUAAUGUUUUAAAAUUUGAUGAUCAUCAAUGUAAUAUGUCUGUCAUAAUAUACAUUUUUGUGGAGUUUUCAAUGUAAUCGAUAUUUGUUCACUGUUCUGUAUAAAGCUAAAUUACAUUUAUUGUAUGAAUUUUGUAAUUUUUAUAACCUUUAUUGACAGACGCCAUUUUAAACAAAUUAACUUAGUAAUGUUUUUUUGGGAGCGUGUUCGUAGGUCAAAUUGACCCCACCCCUAGCCUUUCGAAAAAAAUGGGUGGGGGGGUUAACGUCCACUCGACACAAACUAGGUUAUUUCGGAACUAACAUACGGCUCAAUUUUAUUUAGCAGUGGACGGAAAUCGGACGGAGGACCUUAGAAAGAUCAGAAAGGCGACCUUACUCCUUGUCACGUACAACCAGGGACUAUUAAAAUGGAUUCGUCUGUACGUCUGUACGUCACCCUUGUUUUGGACACACUAAUUCUGCUUCAAACUGAGCUGGUAUAUUUAAACGUUAGGUGUAGAAUGUUAGGUGACUGUCUUGACUGAAGUCGAUGAUGAGGAUAUUCUGCACAGACUAAGUAGAUAUAACAAUUUGAUUGACCGAGACUUUAAAAUAACGCUGCUUCUAAUGGAGGUAGAAUGUUCAGCUUCAUUUGAACAUAGUGAAUAAUCCCCAAUGCUCACAUUGUCUUUCAAUUUCUUUCCGCCAAAAUGGAUGAUAAUUUUUAUCAACAAAAAUGUUCAUAUUUUUUUGCUUUAACUGGAAUUUUUUAUCUGCCAAAAAUGUUCAUAUUUUUUUUCCUUUAACUGGAAUUUUUUAUCUGCCAAAAAUGUGUGAAUCCCUGAUAGAAUGAUAUAAAUUUCAAUCUUAAUUGUAAGAGAUUCUUAAAUUGUACUCGUCGUUCACUUUAGACCAUUUUGGCGGCGGUAAUAUAAAGCAAAUGGCGGACCGUUUUCUCACUCGAGAAUCGUUGCUAUUCGACUCGUUCUUGCUUUUCCGACCAAUGGUGAUAAUAUAAUUUGAAAUAAAAAUAUCCGAUUAGGCAUGCUUGUAUAUGUUACAUGCCGUAUGAAGCCACAGUAAACGGAAUAUUUAAUUCUCUUCGGAAAGAACUGUCGGCCAUUUUUAAUUAUUUCCAUUUUGUUUUUAAGACGAAACGAAACAUCAAAUAAUCACUGCUUGGAUUAAUCAUUAGGACUAAAUAAUGACUUGAGAUAGGCUUUACAUAUACCGUUGGCAAUUAUCAAUCAACUAAUCAUUAAUCCGAGACAAUUGGUAAAUUACUCAUUGACACGAUCCGGAUUAUCAGCGAGUAAUGCCGCCGCACUCAAUAUUAAUGGUUAAUCUAUGAUCAGAAUUUUAAGAUUUUUUUCCGCCAGUUCUCAAAAAGAAUUCCCAGUACCCCAAAAUGUUAUGGCCAAAAUAAAAAUUUUAAUCACCACUUUCAUAUUUUUAUCUCGAAUUGCGACUUUUGCGACCGACAGCGUGACCUAUCAAAUUUUCGCUUUGGAGAAGAAAUUGAAAAUGUCUAAAUUUGCUCCUUUAAGAUAUCUUUAAGUUGUCGCCAUGUUACAGAUCCGCUUAAUUUUAAUAACUCUGAAUAAGAACCACGCAAGUAGGCCUAACACCUUCCAAAUUUGAAGGCAGUCCAUCAAGUUAGUUUUGAAGUUAAACUAUUUAGCUUAUCAGUAUAUAUUUGAAUGUUUUGUGUGUGAGUAUUUGUUAAGUGUCUUGUUCUGUUACUGUCUUUUACAUUUCUUUGUUAUAAAGGGCAAAAUUGUAAACAGGCUUUAAGCCUAAUUCUUCACCUUUGAAAAUAAAGAUAUAUUAUUAUUAUUAUUAAUAUUAAGUCGAAAAGGCAGUGUCACCCCGUAGACCAAAAUAUCACGGCUGUUCCCAUCUGCCCAACUAAAUAUUGAGUGUUUGUGCCCGAACAGGAUUUAGUUUCUCAUGCAAAAUCGGCGGUCAUCACGUCCCGAAUCUUCGAGUAUUUACUGUGGGAUUUGCUGUUGCCCUAGAAAGUACAUCCUUUAGUAUCGUCUACUGACAUACAAAAGGACUUGAAUUUUUAGAACAAUUGUUAAAUUUGUAACAAAUAGUUAUUACAGCUAAGAUGUAUAUGCGGUAUAUGCGUAUAACUCGUUCUAUGGCACCCAUUAGAACCGCUGCGGUUCAUUGAUUCUAGUGCUAUUAAAAUUAUAAGUAGGUGUGGGGAGUUGGAUGGCCGAAUGGUUAGCACGUGCGCGCUGUGUCAUAAAGCCUGUCAUUGAGUCAACUGGCAUGGUUUCGAAUCCCCGGUUGUACGUGACAAGGAGUAGGGUCGCUUGCCCAACCUCGUGGGUUUUCUCCGGGUCCUCCGGUUUCCUCCCACUGCUAAAGACCCCUACGCGCAAGCGAAUUAUUAAAAUAAAAAUGAAACCAUAUGUUAGGUCCGAAAUGACCUAGUUUGUGUCGAGUGGACGUUAAACCCCAUUCUCUCUCUCUCUCUCUCUCUCUCUCUCUCUAAGUAGGUGUAGACGUAUAGAUAACAUGACCUGUAAAAAUAUUUGAGAUUAAAACAUAUAUGGGUCAAUGUAUCUUGGUAAUGUUGUAUAUAGUAUAUAGUAUGACCCAUACAAAUAAUAUAAAUAGACUAUUUAUAUAUUUCCAUAGAAUGACCCACUGGUUAAUAAUUUUAAAGUGGGGAGUCCGCCUUAAAACAUGUUAACCCGUCCAUCAGAAGCAUAUAGAAACUGUCGCCAUGAUGUCUUGAUGCAAAAUUCAAUUUAGAAUACUAUAGUAUUUUUGUGCUAUAUCAUCGUUCUUGUGGCUUAUGUGUAUAAUAAAGGAUUUAAAUAUAUUAAUUUUAAAAAGAGCUCAGUUGUUAAAAUCAUCCAAUAAAUAUUAAAAAGGUCAUUCUGAACGCAGAAAAUCACUAUUGGGGCAUCUUCUUUUGUCAAUGAUAAGUGUCCUUGUUCACGAAAGAUCAACAUGAGCCUAGAUUGAACAAAGUUUUGUGUGUCAAAUUACGAAUAAAACGU